AUGGCCAACGAAGAAGUUCCUCAGGAAUUUCCCGACGUGUCCCAAAAGCUAUCUGCCCCGAAGAAGCUGUCCGCGUUUGAGCGUGAACGACAGGCGCAGGAGGAGAAACGGAAAAGAGCAGCGGCAGAGAACGCGGCGGCGCUGAAGUUGUUUGAAGAUUCAUUCGCCGACGAGGACAAAGAUGACAAUGACGACUUCGAUGGCUUUCCGGCGUUCAAUGCACCGCGUGGUUCUCGAGCGGGCUUUGGUGGCUCACGAUCCGGACUGGGCGGUUCUUCUGCAGGAGGGGCACUGCCACCGAAUCUGAAGAGAAAGCGAGCAUUGGAGGAGUUGAGAGAGCAGCAAGAGGCGAGAAGAGAGCAGCAGGCGAUUGCAGAUGAGUACACAUUACAAGGUCAUGCAAACGAGGAGCAGGACCAAUACAGCCGAGGAGCAGAGCGGGAAGACGUCGCACCCAGGCCGACAGUUCAGUUGACCUCGCUUCCACCGGCCACAACGCUUGAGGAUAUCAAAGUGUUGCUCCGCGAUCAUCUGCAAGUCCACUCGGUGCAGUUUCACCCUGCCCCAUUGUCGAACUGCAAAGCAUCGCUUAUGGCUGUCGCUGCGUUAUCGCCGGAAACAACGACCUCUCAAAUCGACAAUGCCCCCUUUGGCGCGCAAAAGGCUAGCAACGAUCAAGGCCGGUCGAACCUGCGAAAUGCUCCUCCGCCGACGGAGUUUGCUCCGCCAGACUCUUACGAAUCACAAUCCCGGAACGGGGAGUACUCGAUCGGCUCGACCGUUGCGGUCCAGCCGCCAUUGGAUACCUGUACCGUCCGCGCAAUACAUGUCAUGGUCGACCGUCUGCUUUCCGAACCGGACUCCAAGCGCGCGCUUGAGCUCGAGGCCAUGUUGAUGGCCCUACCGGAAGUACAAGCUGACGAGCGUUUCUCAUUCCUGUACGACUCGCGCAGCUCGGCCGGCGUCUACUACCGUUACUUGCUAUGGAAUGAUGAUGAAUGCAUUGAAACCUUGCGGGAGCAGAAGCGACUUGGCAGAGGUCCUGAGCGUGUUUACGAAGAUGUAAUCAUCGACUGGGCCCCGCCAAACGGCGACAUGCCCUUUGUGGAUCUGUCCGCCCUCGGUGAAGCGUUGGAACAUCCGAGCUACGAGUCUAGCGAUGAUGAGAGCGACGAUGGCGAAGGCGCAAGGCGGUUCAACAGCAACAGAGGACGCAAGGAUGGGGAGACCCUCUCGAUGCCGACCGAGGCGAAGCGACUUCAUCCUCUACAACUCGCAAGACUUGCAUGGUAUCUGUCGUCGAUGCCUUCUACUCACGCCAAGCUGCGCAAGUGUGACGUCUCGGCGGUCACAAGUUUCGCAAUCAACAACGCCGGAGCAGCUGCAGAAGAGAUCGUAGACAUGCUGGUGUUGAAUAUCGAGAAGCCAUUUACGCAGUCUGGAUGUGCGAAAAUGGACACGGAAGAGCUUCCUUCGGAUGACGAUGACAUGUACGAGCCGGACGAAGACUUGCCCGUCGUAGAGGCUACCUCUACCCCGGAACACGGCGAUGACAAUGCGGAGAAGAAAGAUCAGUAUGACCCUUCUCAAGCCAAGCUGGUCGCCCUCUAUCUGAUCAAUGAUAUCUUGCACAACUCGUCCACAGCAGGCGUACGGAAUGCCUGGAAAUACCGGUCACUAUUCGAGAUUGCCUUUCGCCGACAGAGAACGUUUGAACAUCUCGGGCGUCUCGAGAAAGAUCUGGGCUGGGGACGGAUCAAGUCUGAGCAGUGGAGGAAUCGGAUCCGAGUGCUCUUUGAAAUUUGGGAAGCUGGCAGUGUCUUCGCUGGCGAUGUCUUUGAGACUUUGAAGAGGGAUUUCUUUGAACAGCCAGAGGCUGGCGAUGAAGGACCGGCGGGUGAGAAGUCUGAACCCGCGGCGGAGCCCAAGCGUGUCCCUCGCUUCAAGCGGAUCGAUAACACGACGUCUGCAGAAUAUGCUCGCGUCGAGCCGAGCGCGUCAUCGAUGGGGACCGAUAUCAGACACGGGUCAUCUCGAGGCGGCGACGACGGAUCACAUCUUCCGUUUGAAGAGCUUGACGGAAUGUCUUCCUUUGUGGAUGAGAUGCGGAAAGACGGGUCGGCAGGAUCGAUGGGUGGGAAUGCCGCAUCAGCGGAGAACGCCUAUGUUGUUGAUUGGAACGCAAUGGACGUUGACACUGCGCCGCUGAGUCAGCCGUCGAAGACCGGCUUUUCGAUCAAGAUUGGAGGUGGUAGCCAGCAAGCCUUGGUGGAUGAUUCGAAGCGCACAAAGCAAGCCGAGGACAUGUUCGCGGCCAGCGAUGAGGAUUGA